AGCAAGAGGCCCACUGACACCUGGGCCCAUCAGGAGUUUUCCUGGUAUCCCGCUGGGCCAGCCCGACACUAGUCAGUUAUUUACAUACAGUAUUAUGUACCCCUGCAUCUCAUUUCCCCUAUGGACUAGUGAGAAUUGAACUGAAAGUUGAACCCAUUGUCUUAUGUUUAUUUCAUCCACUGUGCAAAUUCCAGGACAAUGCCUGAGAAGAUUUUUAUCAGUGAAAACAAACAUGGAACCCAUGGAAAGUACCAAAACAUGUUUAACCGAAAAGGGCCCAUAUGCAACCAGCCCUGUGUUUUGCCAAGAAAAGAUGAGAAGAAAGAACCACAAAAAACUGCUUUUCUAGGCUGCUUGUUUCCUGAAGAUCCUGUAUCUGACCUGAACCCGCUAGAGUCAACUCGUGUAGAUGAGAGCUUUCAGGCAGAAUGGACUGAGCCAUUUGAGCUUCUCACUAUCUCUGAAGACCAGUUUGAAGAUUAUGGGGAGGUAGUGAGUUCAUGCAGCAUUCAGAAUAGCAGUUGCAGGGCACAUGACAGCUGCGACCUUUCCAGCAUGGACCCAGAGGUGACUUCAAGCAGUGAAUCUGUGGAAAAGCUGAGCUUUCUGGAGGAUCAAAUCUUGGAAUUAGAAGGGGAGAAAUGUCAGAGAGAAGAGACAGAGCAAAAACUGCGCCAGCUCAAUAAGGACCUAAUGAAAAAGAUAUACUCCCUGGAAGAGCAGAUCCAGGACCAGAAGCUACAACUGGAGGAAGAGAAAAGGGAAAUUCUUUCUCAGAGAGAGUCCUGUUUCCUUAAGGCAGAGAGGAAGUGGCAUCUAGAAAUGGAAAAGUUAAAUGCACGAAUAAAAGUGCUACAGGAUGAUAAUGCCAAGUUGUCUCAGUCUGUCUCAGCUCUCAAUGCCCAGAACAGAGUCCUGGAAAAGAAAGUCCAAAGCUUGGUGAGUGAAGUCCUUGAAACGGCUGAUAGUCUGGAGAAGGAGCGAGAGAGGAGCGGGAUGUGGGAAGAGGCCCUGAAUCAGGAAAGAGAAGCUUGGCAACAUGAGAGGCAAGAGGCAGCUCAGUUGAUUGAAGAUCUGCGCUGUGAGCUGAGGACUUUCCAGAGGACAGACUGUGAGCUGAGCAGGUUCCAGAUGACAGACUGUGAGCUGCAAUGCUGUGAUGAUAGGGGAAGUACCCACAGUCUCUGGGAAGAGUGUGAAAGGGAGAAGCAGAGACUGGCAGAUGAGAACCAAAGUCUACGGGAAAUUAAUGAAGAUCUGCAGGAUGCUCUGCUUGUACAAAAUGGGUCCGUCUGCUUCCCAUACAGAACCCAUGAGGAGAACUCUCACUCCAAACCAGGUUCUCCAGUUCACUCCAUUGCUGAAGAGAUUGAUGUGUGUACACAACAGCAGAUUUCAGCCCUUAAUGAGCAAAAAGAGAUCAACCGACGCCUGCGGCAGUAUCUAGAUCGUGUUAUCCUCACUGUUUUAGAAAAAGACCCCGGUCUUCUUGAAAUCAAGCCAUCUCUAUGAGCCAUAGAUUGAGUGUUGAGAAGGUUAUAGGAGGGUAGAAAAUACACGUUUUAUAUUCACUGAGGGACAUAGGCCUAAUAAUAAAUUACCAAUAUGAGCUGGUCUCAUCCUUUAAUUACUCACCACUCACAGAGUGUAAACCUGUGCUGACGAAUUCUUCGAAAAGAAUGCAAGUGAAUGUCUGUCAGUAAAAAAUGUAAUUUAUUUUUUUAAUACUUGUGUCUUUUUGUAACUCACUGCUGCACACAAUCCUAUAGUCCCAAUUUAAUACAUAGCCACUUUUUACUUUCGCAUGAAAAUGUACACUCUGCAUAAAGGUGAGGAGAGGCAUUGUCUCUGCAGGAGACUUUAAAUGUAUGUGUGUGUAAAUGAGGCCAAGGAUAUUCUGUGAAUAUUCUGUCAUAUUAAAUAUAUAUUGAACAUGCA